GGAUUUGACAGAUCGUAGACAUUUAGUGUAGCCAUUCAGUGAAAAUAUCAAUUUGCAUUUUUUUUUGUUAAAACGUUUACCUUCGAGUGAGUUUUUUAAUCCAAUUUGUUGGACAUGUCGCUGUUCAAAAAGCCGAAAAAAACGAUACAGCGUCGCGUAUUCAGUUACGGUGAUGACCAUGGAGAAGAGGAAGAUAUGCAAGACGACAGUUCGGACAGACACAAGGAACGGGAUCGUAAAAGUGAGAAAAAGGCCAAGGAUGAUGUGAAAUCGCACAAAAAACACUCGCUGCUCAGUUUCGAUGAUGAAGAGGAAGGUGAAAUAUUCCAAGUGAAGAAAUCGUCGCACAGCAAAAAAGUUAUGAAAAUGUUGGACAAAGAGCGGAAAAAGAAAAAAUCGUCCAAAGACUCCCAUCAUAGCACAUCAAAUUCGUAUAGUGAACACCAAUCUGAUUCCAAUCAGAGUGUUCGGUCUGCCGCUAUUGUUUCCGUCAAUAGCGGCAAACGAAAUAAUUCUAAUAAUUCCAAUAGUAUCCAAACUGAAAUACGCACUGACGACUUUGUGCUUGUCGUGAAAAAAUCUGAACCGAGCAAAGUCAUUCUGAAUGGACGUGCUGCCCUGUGUGCCGGUCGGGAUGACAUGUCAUCCGAAGACGAAGAACAAUCGCAAGACGACCACCAACAUCGUUUCAAUAAGCCAGACAAUUUUAAAACGGUUUUAGAGAGCGGAGCAAUUCCUGACGCGGCUAUGAUACACGCAGCACGGAAACGUCGACAAAAGGCUAGGGAGCAAGGUGAUUUUAUUCCGAUUCAAGAAGACAAACCGCCAGACAAUCGAAAAGGUCGAUUGGUACGGGAAGGUGAUGACGAUAUGGACGAAGACGAGGAACGUGUUGACAUGUCGGCAAUAAAUGGUGCCAAGGAAAGGGAAGAGCGACGCGAGAAAUUCUAUUCCGUGCAACAAGAAUACUCCGAAGAUGACUCCGAUGCGGAAAUAAAUGAAUGGGAAAAUCAGCAAAUUCGUAAAGGUGUAACGGGAGCGCAGCUCGUGACAGCGCAGCAAGAGUCUGCAAUUUAUUCGCAAUACUUAAUUAAACCGGCAGCUGAUAGUACUAACGACGUUCACUUAUCAACUGGUGACCUUUUAGAACAGGCCUACGCAAAGAGUAGCCUAGAAAAGCCAAGACAAAUGAUUCUAUCCACACAAAAGAAACCCAGCAAACCGAGCGGUCCAAGACGGCCAGAGGAUGUGGCAAAGAAAAUGAAUGAAAGGUUGACGCAAGUUCGAGAGCUUCAUAACAAACAUUUGGACGACAUCGAUCAAAUAACGAGGGACCUGAAAAUGAUGAAAGUGGACGAAUUGUAUUGCGAACAGAAUGCACCGAUUGCGGCGAUACGAUAUCGCUUUUAUCAAGAAUUACGUGGGUAUGUCACGGAUUUGGUUGAGUGUCUAGACGAAAAGGUACCGUUAAUUGUGGAUCUGGAACGUAGGACAAUUGCAUUGAUGUCGAAACAGGCGCUGAUGCUGAUCGAAAGACGACGGCAAGAUGUACGUGAUCAGGCGAAGGAAAUAGCUGAAAUUGGAAAACCUGGAGCAGCGAGGAAAAUGCUGGACGAUGAAGAGCAGGUGCGACGAGCUGCCGAUCGUGAAGGGCGUCGAACGCGUCGUCGACAAAUUCGAGAACGCAUUGAUAUCAAUAACACCCAUCUGGAUGGAAUGUCCAGUGACGAUGAGAUGCAUCAGGAUCGGGAUACGCUUAAUUUUAAAGCGCAAUUAGAACAAAUUUCGUCCGAAGUGACCGUACUGUUCGACGAUGUGACAGAGGAAUUCAGUCAAAUUGCGUCAAUACUGAAACGGUGUGAAGAGUGGCGAAGGAACGAUUUGGACGCCUACAAAGACACGUACUUCAGUCUUUGUCUACCUAAGAUUCUAGGACCACUAAUACGUCUACAUCUGGUUACGUGGAAUCCUUUCGACGAAAACUGUGAAGAUCUGGAGCGCAUGGAGUGGUAUACCUUGGCUAUGAAAUACGGCUGGAACGAGAAUGAAACCGAAGAAUCGUUAAUGGAUGAUCCCGAUGUGAAACUGGUGCCGGUGAUUGUCGAGAAAAUUAUCUUGCCUAAAGUGACCGAACUUAUUGAAACGUGCUGGGAUCCCUUAUCGACGUCACAAACGCUUAAACUGGUCGGUCUGAUAGGAAGACUGGGUCGCGAUUAUCCAUCGUUAAAGGCAACAUCAAAGUAUCUGCGAACUCUGUUUGCAGCGAUUUCGGAUAAAAUGAAAUUGGCGCUGGACAACGACGUGUUCAUACCGGUAUUUCCGAAACAAUCGCAGGAAGCUCGUUCCUCAUUUUUCCAGCGUCAGUUUUGCAGUGGACUCAAGUUGUUCAGAAAUGUUUUGAGUUUCCAAGGAAUUUUGGCCGAUAGUGCACUUAAAGAGUAUGCCAUUCUGUCGCUGCUGAAUCGAUAUUUACUGAUGGCCAUGCGGGUUUGUACACCGGUCGAUGCAACGUCAAAGGCUUACAUUAUUGUCAAUACUCUGCCGCGGAUUUGGUUGCAACCGGAACUGGCUAUUUUGGAGAGUUUAGGCUUGUUCAUAACUUAUUUAAAAUCGGUCUCCAAGCAGUUGGACAAACGGAAUCAGAUGCAUGCAGAAUCGAUUGAUAAAAUGUCACAAAUUCUGCAUUCUCUUCACGUGACCGUGUAACCAGCGAAACAAUAAAAUGACAAACGAAUUUUA